UUGCAGAAAGCCGUGUACCGUGUAUGCAUGGGGUCCACAAAGGAGCCCAAUAUUGCGACUAAUAAACGGAAAUUGUUGGGUUGGAAUCAGGCUGAAAUUAUGAACCAGGGACAGCACCACUCUGGAGGCUUUGCGUGUCUCCGCGGUAUGAAUGUGAUUGACUGAGCGUACUCACCCCCCCCCCCCGUAUCAUUCAUUCUUUCUUUCUCCCUCCCUGUUGAACGAACGGAAUUAGGGGACGACCGUCGGAGGUUAUCUAGGAAACUGCGGACAUCUCUCCGAUGCUAACUUAUCAACGAUUUCGUAUAUCCUUGCGAGUAGCCUACCACCAUUGCUUUGCCUUUACUCUGUCAAAUGUAGAGGACUGCCUAUGUUUCUGUCAAAUGUAGAGGACUGCCUAUGUUUCGUAUCACGCCGUGCUGCACAAGCAGCGUGAAAAGAUCUGACUCAAGGAUGCGGAUUUAAACAGAAAUACGCUGCCAACUGGGAUUUGAAACAUUCACAUUGAAUUAAGUCACUAAUGCCAGUAACCAGAUACUCUAUGUUAGUUUUAUAUUUGAUCAGUGACGCGGUAAAAAUAUCGAGAGCCAACCACCAACGAAGAUAAACCGCGAGAACGGGUUGGAUGGUUUUCCCCCAGCCCCGGUCACCAUCAUGAGCACCAUCUCUCCCACCGACUUCGACAGCCAGGAGAUCCAGCAGCAGUACAAUGACAUCAACAACCGCUGGGACCUGGCCGCAGAGACCGACUGGGACAAUGAGAACAGCUCGGCACGCCUCUUUGAGCGCUCGCGCAUCAAAGCUCUGGCAGAUGAGCGCGAAGCGGUGCAGAAGAAAACCUUCACUAAGUGGGUGAACUCUCACCUGGGCCGUGUGACGUGCCGCAUCGGGGACCUGUACACUGACCUGAGAGAUGGACGCAUGCUCAUCCGCCUGCUGGAGGUGCUGUCAGGAGAACAGCUGCCGAAGCCCACCAAGGGGCGUAUGCGUAUCCACUGCCUGGAGAAUGUGGACAAGGCCCUGCAGUUCCUCAAGGAGCAGAAGGUCCACCUGGAGAACAUGGGCUCUCACGACAUCGUGGACGGGAACCACCGCCUCACCCUGGGUCUCAUCUGGACCAUCAUCCUCCGCUUCCAGAUCCAGGACAUCAGUGUGGAGACUGAAGAUAACAAGGAGAAGAAGUCUGCCAAAGAGGCCCUGCUUCUCUGGUGCCAGAUGAAGACCGCUGGGUACCCCAACGUCAACGUUCACAACUUCACCACCAGCUGGAGAGACGGCCUGGCGUUCAACGCCAUCGUGCACAAACACAGACCGGACGUGAUUGAGUUUGACAGCCUGAAGCGUUCCAACGCCCACUACAACCUCCAGAAUGCCUUCAACACGGCAGAGAAUAAGCUGGGCCUCACCAAACUCCUGGACCCAGAAGAUGUCAACGUUGACCAGCCGGAUGAGAAGUCCAUUAUCACCUACGUGGCCACCUACUACCACUACUUCUCCAAGAUGAAGGCCCUGGCUGUGGAGGGCAAGAGGGUUGGAAAGGUGCUGGACUAUGCCAUUGAGGCUGACCAGCUGGUUGGGAACUAUGAGAGUCUGGCGUCAGAGCUGCUGCAGUGGAUCGAGCAGACCAUUCUGACCCUGAACGACCGGCAGCUGGCCAACUCCCUGAGCGCCGUGCAGAACCAGCUGCAAGCCUUCAACACCUACCGCACCGUGGAGAAACCCCCUAAGUUCACAGAGAAAGGCAACCUGGAGGUGCUGCUGUUCACCAUUCAGAGCAAGAUGAGAGCCAACAACCAGAAGGUGUACAUGCCCAGAGAGGGCAAGCUCAUCUCUGACAUCAACAAGGCGUGGGAGCGCCUAGAGAAGGCGGAGCACGAGCGGGAGCUGGCGCUGAGGAACGAGCUGAUUCGCCAGGAGAAGCUGGAGAUGCUCGCCGCUCGUUUCGACCGCAAGGCCGCCAUGAGGGAGACCUGGCUGAGCGAGAACCAGCGGCUCGUCUCUCAGGACAACUUUGGCGUGGACCUGGGAGCGGUGGACGCCGCGACUCGUAAACAUGAGGCCAUCGAGACGGACAUCGGGGCGUACGGGGAGCGCGUGGCGGCCGUGGAGGCGGUGGCCAGGGAGCUGGAGGCGGAGAAUUACCACGACGUGCGCCGUGUGCUGGCGAGGAGGGACAACGUGCUGCGACUGUGGGAGUAUCUGAAGGAGCUGUUAGCCGCUCGCAGGGAGAGACUCAACGCACACCGUGACCUGCAGAGACUGCUGCAGGAGAUGAGAUCCAUCAUGGACUGGAUGGGAGAGAUGAAGGGUCGUCUGCAGUCCCAGGACAGUGGGAAGCACCUGCAUGAUGUGGAGGACCUGCUGCAGACUCACAACCUGGUGGAGGCAGACAUCUCAGCCCAGGCAGAGGGGGUCCGUGGGGUCCAGGGAGCCGCUCAGCGCUUCACCUCGGACCAACAGGUCUACAAACCGUGUGAGCCGGCGCUGGUGGGAGAGAAGGUGUCUCUGCUGGGCCGGGCCUAUGAGGAGCUGGGCCAGCUGGCCGGGGAGCGGAGGGUGCGCCUCGAGGAUUCACGGCGCCUCUGGCAGUUCCUGUGGGAGCUGGGAGAGGAGGCGGCCUGGAUCAGAGAGCAGGAGCAGAUCCUGGCUGGAGGAGACUGUGGCCGCGACCUCACCUCCGCCCUGCACCUCCUCAGCAAGCACGAGGCCUUCAGGGACGAGAUGGCAGCCCGCUACGGCCCUCUGGGCAACAGCAUCGCCGCCGGACAGACCCUGGUGGAGGAGGGACACAUUGGAGCCCCAGAGUGCACUGAGAGGAUCAGGGACGUCCGCGCUCAGUGGGCACACCUGGAGGAGACGUCCCAGCUGAGGGAGCAGCAGCUGAAGGAGGCAGUGGCCCUGCACCAGUUCCAGACGGACGCCAACGACAUGGAGGCCUGGAUCCUGGAGACGCUGCGCCAGGUGUCCAGCCAGGAGGUGGGCCACGACGAGUUCUCCACCCAGACCUUGGCCCGCAAGCAGAGGGAGGUGGAGGAGGAGAUCCAGAGCCACCGCACCCUCAUCGACUCCCUGCACGAGCAGGCCCUCACCCUGCCCCCGGUCCAUGCAAACUCCCCUCAGGUAGAGGGCCGUCUGCCUGCCAUAGAGCAGCGUUACCACGAGCUGGAGGCCCUGUCUGCGUCGCGGCGUCAGGCCCUGGAGGGGGCGCUGGCCCUCUACCGCAUGUACAGCGAGGCGGGCGCCUGCCAGCUGUGGGUGGGGGAGAAGGAACAGUGGCUGGACGGCAUGCAGAUCCCCACCAAACUGGAAGACCUGGAGGUGGUGCAGCAGAGGUUCGAGACCCUGGAGCCUGAGAUGAACAACCUGGGGACUCGUAUCUCUGAUGUCAACCAGGUGGCUCAACAGCUGCUGGGAUCAGACAACCUCAGCAAAGAGCAGAUCCACCAGACACAAGACCAGCUCAACAACAGGUGGAAGGAGUUCCAGCGUCUGGCGGACCAGAGGAAACAGGCCCUGGAGUCGGCCCUCAACAUCCAGAACUACCACCUGGAGUGUAACGAGAUCCAGAGCUGGAUGAGAGAGAAGACCAAGGUGAUCGAGUCCACCGAGAGCCUGGGCAACGACCUGGCUGGUGUCAUGGCCCUGCAGCGCAAACUCACCGGCAUGGAGAGAGACCUGGAGGCCAUUCAGGGUAAGUUGGACGACCUGAAGAAGGAGGCAGAGACGCUGGCUGAGGAGCACCCGGACCAGGCAGAGGAGAUCCAUGCCCACCUGGGGGAGAUCCAGGAGGUGUGGCAGGAGCUCAACGCCACCAUGAAGCGGCGCGAGGAGUCUCUGGGCGAGGCCAGCAAGCUGCAGGGCUUCCUCCGGGACCUGGAUGACUUCCAGUCCUGGCUGUCCCGCACGCAGACCGCCGUGGCGUCCGAGGACAUCCCCACCUCGCUGCCAGAGGCUGAGCGCCUGCUCUCCCAGCACGAGAGCAUCAAGAACGAGGUGGACAACUACAAGGAGGACUAUGAGAAGAUGCGGGCGGUGGGUGACGAGGUGACCCAGGGCCAGACGGACGCCCAGUACAUGUUCCUGGCCCAGAGGCUGCAGGCGCUGGACACCGGCUGGCACGAGCUGCGCCGGAUGUGGGAGAACCGCCACAGCCUUCUGGCCCAAGCCUUUGACUUCCAGAGCUUCCUGAGGGAAGUCAAGCAGGCUGAGGGCUUCCUCAACAGCCAGGAGUAUGUGCUGUCCCACACUGAGAUGCCCUCCAGCCUGCAGGGGGCAGAGGAGGCCAUCAAGAAGCACGAGGACUUCCUGACCACCAUGGAGGCCAGUGAGGAGAAGAUCACGGGCGUGGUGGAGGCCGGACGCCGCCUGGUCAACGACCUUAACGCCAACUCUGACAAGAUCCAGGAGAAGGCCGACUCCAUCCAGGAGAGACAUCAGAAGAAUAGGGAAGCUGCAAAUGAACUCCUGUCUAAACUGAAGGACAACCGCGAACUUCAGCACUUCCUGCAGGACGGACAGGAGCUGACUCUGUGGAUCAAUGAGAAGAUGCUGACAGCUCAGGACAUGUCGUACGACGAGGCCAGGAACCUCCACAGCAAGUGGCAGAAACACCAGGCCUUCAUGGCUGAGCUGGCCUCCAACAAAGACUGGCUGGAUAAGAUCGAUAAGGAGGGCCAGGCCCUGGUGACAGAGAAACCGGAGCUACAGCCUGUAGUCCAGCAAACUCUGGAGGGCCUGCAGAGCCAAUGGGAAGAGCUAGAGAACACUACACGCACCAAGGCUCAGUGCCUCUUCGAUGCCAACAGGGCAGAGCUCUUCACCCAGAGCUGUUCUGCUCUGGACGUGUGGCUGAAGAACCUGUCAGGGCAGCUUCAGAGCGACGACUUCGGCAAGGACCUGACCUCCGUCAACAUCCUGCUCAAGAAGCACCAGAUGCUGGAGCACCAGAUGGAGGUGCGUGAGAAGGAGGUGCAGUCGCUGCAGUCCCAGGCGCUGGCGCUGUCCCAGGAAGAUGCUGGUGGGGCCGUGGUGGAGGUGGACGGCCAGCAGAGACGUGUCACUGACAGCUUCUCCCAGCUCCAGGACCCCCUCAACCAGAGGCGGCAGCAACUGCUGGCUUCCAAGGAGGCCCACCAGUUCAACAGAGACCUGGAGGAUGAGAUUCUAUGGGUGAAGGAGAGGAUGCCCCUGGCCACAUCCACCGACCAUGGGAAGGACCUGUCCAGUGUGCAGCUGCUCAUCAAGAAGAACCAGACUUUGCAGAAGGAGAUCCAGGGCCACCAGCCCCGUAUUGAUGACAUCCAGACCCACCGCAGGGGGAUGUCCCCAGGGCAGGAGGAGAUGGACGGGGAGAGGCGGUCUGCUCUGGAGGGCCGCCUGGCGGAGCUCCGGGACUCCUGGGCCCAGCUCAUCGCUGAGACGGACGAGCGCCACGCCCGGCUGGUGGAGGCUAACCGCGCCCAGCAGUUCUACACCGACGCUGCCGAGGCCGAGGCCUGGAUGGGAGAGCAGGAGCUACACAUGAUGUCAGAGGAGAAGGCCAAGGAUGAGCAGAGCGCUCUGGUGAUGGUGAAGAAGCACCAGACGUUAGAACAGACCUUGGAGGACUACGCCCAGCCCAUCCACCAGCUGGCCAACAGCAGCCGCACCAUGAUGACCAGCGAACACCCAGAGAGCGAGCGUAUCAACCUACGGCAAGCCCAGGUAGACAAGCUGUAUGCAGGGCUGAAGGACCUGGCUGAGGAGCGUCGUGGGCGUCUGCAGGAGAGGCUGAGGCUGACCCAGCUGAAGAGAGAGGUGGACGACCUGGAGCAGUGGAUCGCUGAGAGGGAGGUGGUGGCCGGAUCCCAUGAGCUGGGACAGGACUACGAACAUGUCACCAUGCUGCGGGACAAGUUCCGCGAGUUUGCUCGGGACACCAGCACCAUCGGCCAGGAGCGCGUGGACGGCGUUAACGGGCUGGCCGAUGACCUCAUCGAGUCGGGUCACCCUGAGAACGCCAGCGUGGCAGAGUGGAAGGACGGGCUGAACGAGGCGUGGGCCGACCUGCUGGAGCUGAUCGACACGCGCACCCAGAUGCUGUCCGCCUCCUACGAGCUGCACCGCUUCCACCAGGACGCCCGCGAGGCGCUGGGGAGGGUCCGGGAGAAGAAGGAGGCGCUGCCCUCUGACCUGGGCCGUGACCUCAACACCGUCCAGCACCUCCACCGACAGCACACCGCCUACGAGCACGACAUCCAGGCCCUCAGCGGACAGGUGAACCAGGUGCAGGACGACGCGGCGCGGCUGCAGAAGGCCUACGCCGGGGAGAAGGCCGAGGAGAUCCACCGGAGCGAGCGCUCUGUCACUGAGGCCUGGGAGGGUCUGCUGGGGGCCGGCCAGGCUCGCCGUCACCUCCUGCUGGACACCGUGGAGAAGUUCCGCUUCGUCAACAUGGUGCGUGACCUCAUGUUGUGGAUGGACGGGGUCAACCUGCAGAUCGACGCCCACGACAGCCCCAGGGACGUGUCCUCUGCAGGGUUGGUCAUAGCCAACCAUCAGGACAUCAAGUCUGAGAUCGAGACCCGGGCAGACAGCUUCACCACCUGCAAUGAGAUGGGACACUCUCUCAUCAACAACAACCACUAUGCAGCUGAUGAGAUCCUGGAGAAACUGGACCAGCUCCAGGGUAAGAGGGAUGAGAUCAGCAACAAGUGGCAGGACAAGAUGGACCACCUCCUGAUAGUUCUGGAGGUGCUGCAGUUUGGCCGGGAUGCGUGCGUGGCAGAGACGUGGCUGGCAGGCCAGGAGCCCCUGGUGCGGGGGGCCGAGCUGGGCUCUAACGUGGACGAGGUGGAGAGCCUGAUCAAACGCCACGAGGCCUUCGAGAAGCUGGCCGCCGGCUGGGAGGAACGCUUCACCCUGCUGGAGAAACUCACCACGCUGGAGGAGCAGGAGAUCCAGAGGAGGAGGGAGGAGGAGGAGAGGGCGAGGCGAACCCCCACACCACCCCCGACAGAAGAGGUGGCCCCGUCUGAGGCUGAAACACAUGAUGCCAGGACCAGCCUGGACCAAACCACACUCAACCAGUCAGUAUCAGUCAAUGGAGUCCACAGCUACCAGGACACCUCCCAGUCGUUAUCAGUAUCAUCAGUGUCAGUGGAAAAGAAAGAGAAGUGUGAACCUGUCUCUAAACCCGUGUCUAAGCCAAAGCAUCCUCUGCGCGGUUCUGAGUCCGACUCUGUGAAUGGUCCGGGGAGGGACAGCGGGCUGGCGUCUUCACGCCUGGACCCGUCUGCCACGCUACCCAGCAAGGGAGAUAACGCUGGCACAGACGCCAUGGAAGGCCUGCUCUACCGCAAGCAGGAGAUGGAGACCCACGCCAAGAGGGCAGCUAGCAGCUUCUCUCUCUCUUCCCAUAGGUCCUGGCAGAAUGUCUACUGCGUUCUGCGUAAGGGCAGCCUUGGCUUCUACAAGGACCAGAAGAGCGCCUCCAGCGGGAUCCCCUACCACGGAGAAGUCCCCAUCAGCCUGGGAGAGGCUGUGUGUGAGGUGGCGCACGACUACAAGAAGAGGAAACACGUCUUCAAGCUACGGCUAGGGGAUGGUAAGGAGUUCCUGUUCCAAGCUAAAGAUGAGCCGGAGAUGGCCUCGUGGAUCCACUCCAUUCAUAGCUGCAUCCCAGCAGGGGGGUCAGGAGACCGCUCCCCCGGAGGCCCCAGGGCCCUGAGCCGAGCCAUGACUAUGCCCCCCAUCUCCCCUAGCUCAGCAGAGGCUGCAGGGGUCACCAUGCGCAACAAGGAGGGCAAGGAGAAGGACCGCGAAAAGAGGUUCAGCUUCUUUGGCAAGAAGAAAUAAAACGUCUGGAGAAUAACAACAUCAAGGAAAAUGGUAUUUGUCGAAAUUCCACCAAACUGAAACGGGCAGAAAGGAAAACAGUCUUGUGGCAUAAACACAUCGCUCUCAGCCUUGGUCCUAAGGAGUUUGUCAACAACUAUGUGGCACACACAGAGCUUGCUCUUCCUCCCUCUCUUCUCCCUCCCUCCCUCUCCAUUUGUCUUCUCUUUCCCUCUCAUAUCGCUCUUUUCCUUUCCAUUUCUCACAUUAGAUUCAUCCUACCAAUGUAAGCCCUUGUCUUUUUGCUUCAAUGGCAUUUUCAGACAAGAAGCUGUGUUUGUUGAUCAGUCACUAAUAAGAACUCUUUGACCUCAUCGCUGGGGGGGAACCAAGGUGUUUGUGGGGAGAUGAGAGGCAGGGGUGGUUAGCAUUGGCAGAGCCAAGAGGCUAUGAGGCCUGUAAGAGUCCAUUCUCUUCCAUUCACCCACAUUGGAUUCUGUUUCAAAUGAGUUCUUCCUCGACCAGUUUUUAGAUGGCUAAUCUGCUCUAAUGCUGUUUUACCACUAAAAGAGAACCCAUGGACCACGGUAGAGAGUGCUGUCCCCUCACGUCCCCUCUCCCAGUCUCUCUCUCUCCCUCCUUGGGAAGGACCACAUCAUUUUUGGGACGUUGGCGUAAUUAACGUUACCAAUAAUUAUUGCUGUUAUUAUAAUUAAUAUUUAUCUUUUUGCUGUUGCAAGCUUGAGGGGGGGGGGAGAAGUUAUUUAAAGAGUACGUCAGUGGAUGUAUUGAGUCAUGUUGUGAAACAACAAUUUGGUUUAAUUCACGGGACCACGUUGGUCUUGUUUCUGUUUGUAUCGUUUUCAGUUUGAGGUGGGGUUUUGUUUCUUUUUAAGAAAGCUCAGUAAAUUUUAGCAGUGUGCAGUUAAGUGAUUUUCACCAGUGCAGAAUGAUAGAUAUAUUUAAAGUGGUUUUAUUUUAACUUGGAAAUUGUACCUGUUUGAUUUUGUUCUUCGAUGGGAUUAUUUCUCCUUUGAUUGUGAGUUUCCUUGUUUCUUUUUGAAGCAGAGAGAUUUAGUUUUCUAGUGAGAGUUGUGGUGCUGUGGGUUCUGCACGUUUCUGUUCUACAUCAGACGUGUCCGGUUGGAUGCUGCUUUUCUGACUUAACACACACACACACACGCAUAUAAACACACACUUAAAGAAGUUGUUGGGAUGGCUUUCUAGAAGUAUUCUUAAAAUGUAGAUGACAAUGUGCUAAUGAAUGAAUUAAACGUUCCUCCUAGAUGAUUUCCGUUUCACUCUUCCCUCACCACCUCCUCCUUUGUCUGUUGUUUUGCUAUGUGAUGGCAGAGGGGUACGUUAACACUGUUUCUAACACUGCCAGUGCCCAACACUAGAGAGGAUUGUAAGCAAAAGCACAUCAAUGUGGCAUGGGGUGGUCUAGUAGGUAGGUGGGUUGGGGGGGGGUGGGUAAUUACAGGUGGGUUAGGUUCGGGGUGCUGAGGGGGGAUGAUGAGAGUAGAGAAUCAGAAGGUAGUGUGCUGGACGAGGGAGAGGAGGAGUACUGAGCCUUACUGCAGUCCACAGACUUAAGAACCCUUUAUUAGCCCAGUCGUUCCUUGAAUAGCUCUUAAUCACAAAGGGAGCGCUUUCGCUCACGGAACAAAUCUCUGAAUGUGCCCCUUGGCGUUGACGCGGCAUAUGUCUAUGGAUUCUGUACCCAGGUACCACAGGGCGCAUGGAGACAGGCCCAGCCGCAACAACGAUUUGAAGGAAGUGAAAUGCAGGCACAGCUCGGUUGGAUUGGAAGAGGCGUAACCAUGGAUCACUUUCCUCACUUGAUGGUAAAUGAUAGAGAGAAUAGUCUUCCGGUGUUUUGCCGGAGAGCUUUGAGCUCCUCCGCCCGCGUGUGGCAUGACCUCAUGUAGGAUUGUACCUGUGUGUGUCUCAUUUUUCUCUCCAAUUCUCACCUAGUCAGAUUUUCUAGGUACAUGAGAUUUCCCCCGUAAGCCAUGUAUGGCAUGAUACCAUGAAGCCCAUGCUGUGGAGGGUGUAGUAUUACACAGGUGUAUCAUUAGCAGUUUGGAAAGAAUUCACAAACGAGCAAAAAGAAAAUGGUUAAAUGAUAUUAAAUGACAGUAAAGGUGACAUUGAUACGUAGAUGGCGAGUCCUGGCACAGUGGGUGAUUUUUAUUUCCUUGUCUGAGACGAGUGGAAGUUUUUCCUGUAUAAGACGGCUCUAAACAUGGCAGAAUCCUGGAGCCUCAAUUCUUGCAGGCAAAAUGGUAUCUGUUACUCAACGAUAGGCUUAUCUGGGGUGAGGGUGUGGGCGUAUCAAAGCCCUGUUAGGUUAUUGUAUGACCGAUGGCUCACCCUCAACCAGAGAAGGAAAGAACAAGUGGCUGGCUAAGUGUCAGAAAUGUGCAGCUUUCCAACAGGCAAGACUAUUGAACUAUUGGCCUUUCAUUCCAAUUCAGUUGGUGUGAUUUGGGGUAAAUAAGCAAGAGUUGACCCAUAAUACCUGAGGCUGUAGAAUAUGCAGUUGGCUGCUUUGUCUGCCUUGAUUUGUAUCCCAGCUGUGAGCCUGAGCGAUUGGUCCCAGCCGAAUGUACCGAGCUGAGCCUCUGGCUCCUGAGUCACAGUUCAAAGCCCGCUGACCUGUUCAAUGAGGCAACAACAACAAAGACGUCAACGACGCUCAGAGUAGAACAGAGUGAGCCUUGCUGUGUCAAUAUUCACUGUGACAAACUACUACCAGGGCAGCCAGUGCUGGAUCGGCCACAGCACUUCAACAAGUAGCUUGUGUAGCCCUCUACUGGGCGUACUGCUCCAACAGUGACCCAGUUGUAGACACGAGCAGGUUCCCCAGGCCCAUUUGAAGUCUCUGAAGAUGAGUCUAGCGCUGUAUGUUCUAGUAUAACUUCUUAUGAAUGUUUAUGGCUCAGAAGGUGAGUUGGCCAAAUUGGUCAUGUGAUGCAAAAGGACAUGUUACUUGGAGCCACUAUUUCACAUACUUUACAUACAUACACACUACCUUUCUCUCUGUCUCACUCUCUCACACACACACACACUCACUCUGAUAUACUAAGGUAGAAUGACUCUGGCCUUCCAGCCAAGCAGAAAUAUGUGGAGCUGGUUGUGAUUUGGUUCCAGACUUGUUGUUGUUCAGUCUCUGUGUGUUACUGGUGAGCUUUGACCAGAAAAGGAUUGUAUUAAUUGAGGGUGUUGAUAGGGUUUUUAUGGGGUUUUAAAAGUUAAAGUGGAACACCUGAAAAGGUAUCUUGGUCUCUUAUUUGAAGAGGAAAAUAAAUACAGUAUACAUUAACCAGAGGGCUGAUGGCAAAUUUGAGCUUCCUUUUUCUAGAGUUAGACAGCAGAUGUGCUGUCUCGCGGGGUUCUUGUAUUUUCUCAUCCAGUGGUCUGAUCUGUUCUGCAGCGUUUGAUAAGCCUGUUCACCCACUCUCAUUUCUAAUUUCUUUGAUGAAUCUAAGUUCCUUCUUCUGUGACUUAACUAAUUCCAAGUUAAUACCACUGCUAUGAUGUAUUAUUAUUGCUACUGUUAUUACUACUACUGUUACUCCUGUUACUUAUUACUUUAACUAGAACUGCUGUCCAUUUUUCAGGUAUGUGUCUGUAAUACCAGACCCUUCCACAAGAUGUCAGUGUGCUGUGGAGCAUUUUCAUUACAGAUUGAAAAUAAUGUUUGUUGACUUGUAUCUUCAUAUUAGGAAUAAUAAAACCUGGUUUAAAAGAAAACAA